AUGAUACUGAAGACGGCCAUCAAAGCCAUUCCCUUACUCACUCAGGACAACUACACCAUGUGGAACAAUCGAGUAUUAAACUUCCUUGAACUCCAAAAACUCAAGGACACCUUCUUGCAAGAGGAUGAAGACAAACUCUCUACCGAUGACGAACUCCAUGCAAGAACAAUCCUCACCUCGAAGUUGGAUCCAUCGGUUCACUCCAACGUCAUUAACCACGAGAAUCAAAACAAUGCGAUAAAGAUAUGGAAAUCGAUUGUUCAACACUUCGCCUCACCUCAGGCUGCCAAUCGAGCUCGAGUCUGGAAUCAAUUUUCCUUGUUGCCCUUUGAUAACACCAAUGUCGCUCGCUUCAUUACUCAAAUUAAAACUUCCAUUGAAAAAAUUCACGAAGUCGGAAUCAAAAUAGACACCGAUGUCAUUGGCUACGAAAUCUUGAAGAAACUUCCAAAAUCCAUUGAGUUGAACGGUCUUUCCACUGCGAUCACUCACUCGGGAUCAGACAUGACUCCGGACCUCGUUCUGGAUCAUCUCAGGGUCUACGCUAACAAUCAAGACAUCAAUGCCGCCACUCAAACUGGACCAGUCCCGAUUCAAGUAGCCUUGUUCACCGACUCGUCCAGAAGAUGCAAGACUGGUGCUCACAACACCAUGGCCACCCAUCCUCAAUCUAGAUGCUACAUGUUGUAUCCUCACCUUUGA